AUCGUGUUCAACAUCAGUCAGUUUAGAUGAGAUCUUGCAAUUGGUUUUGUCAUUUGGGCUACUGGCUUAGACUGCCUUCUUCUUCUGGCACUGACUUCAAUCACGCUUACUAAAUAAACAACAUCAUAAUUGACUUUAGCUUCGGCUACUGAUCUCGUUUGACGUAGUAUUCACUACACUUCACUGUGUCUUGUGUCAUACAUACAUAUUCGUAUGUACCGUAACAAUAUAUGUAAAAGCGUAAUAGUGAAAAUUAAUUAAAAUUGAUUGUGCUGAUCAUUAGAGGCUUCCUUUCGUGCGAUCCAGGCAUUAAGAUUUCAGUUGUGAUUUAGCCGUUGCAGUGAAUUGUGGGCUAGUUAUUUGUGCAUUCCGCAGAAGUAAAUGUUUCAAGUGAUUAGAAUAAAUAUUAGUUAAUCGUCAAAUACGGGAAUUUUUGUGAUUUAUACUGAAUACUAAACUUUCUAAGUGAAUUUUGAAUUUGCGUUAAAAAAAUGUGUGAAUUCAAAGAAAAGCAAAACAGUAGCGCUCCAGCUGAGAGCACGAAACUUACGAUCGCCACAAUCGAAGGUGGUAAUGUCAUCGCUAGCAUGCCAGAACCUGGAAAAGGCGCUGAAUACUUUGAGAACGCUUUGGAAGCGACGACAUUUGGUAAAUUCAAUUACCUACUCAUAUUGAUAUCCGGUUUGAUACUGGCCAAUGUGCUGCUCGAAACACUCGGCAUCAGCUUCGUAUUGCCCGUUUCACAAUGCGAUCUCAACUUGACGAUACAGGAGCGUGGCAUACUGAGCGCGAUCGGCUUUGCGGGCAUUAUUAGCAGCUCACAUCUUUGGGGUUUCUUGGCAGAUACCACUGGACGCAGAAAUAUUAUACGUCCGACAUUGCUGUUGGGUUUUGUGGUAACGGUGCUUUCGAGUUUCGCCACCAACUUCUGGUUAAUGGUCAUACUGCGUUACAUCAAUGGCUUUUGCAUUUCCGGUGGUUCAGCCACAAUUUAUGCAUUUUUGGGUGAAUUCCACACCGCCAAGAAUCGUUCACGCGCCAUUAUGGGUUCUGCAUUUAUUUUCGGCGUUGGUUCUAUGCUGAUGCCCUGCAUAGCUUGGUUGGUCAUUAAUCAGGAGUGGCGAUUUGUAAUUCCCUACUUGGGCAUCACCUACAAGCCUUGGCGUUUCUUCAUGGUUGUUUGCGGCAUACCCGGUUUCCUGUGUGGCUUGGCGUUGUUCAAGAUACCAGAGAGUCCAAAAUUCUUGCUCAGCCAGGGACAUGAUGAUAAGACACUUGAGAUACUACAAACAAUGUUCCAUGUGAAUACCUGCAGACCACGUGAUGAAUAUCCGAUCUCCCAUGUGAUUGAAGACAUCGACAGCGCCAUGAGUCCGAAAAUCAAGCGUGAACGUAUUUCAAAUCCCGCUGUCGCAUUGCUGCGCUCCAUGUGGGACCAAACACAGCCACUAUUCAAUCGCGAGUACAUGCGCACCACUGUGCUCAUCUGUUCCAUACAGUUUUGGAUAUUCGUUACCUCAAAUGGCAUGUACAUGUGGUUCCCGCACAUCCUCAAUAGCGUCGCCGAGUUUUUGAACGACAAUCCCGGCAAUCGUACCUCUAUGUGCCAAAUCGUGUACAGCAAACAGGAGAACAUUUUCAAUUCGGAGAGCGCACAUGGCGCCGCAACCAGCGAUGGCGUCUCACUAACAGCUUCGCAAUGCAAUGAAAAGUUGGAGAUCUCUACAUAUCAACACUCUCUGGUCUUGGAGGUGCUUUACGCUGUGGGUUUCGCACUCAUCAGCGGGAUCAUCAAUAGAGUGGGCAAAUGCACUAUACUUUUUGUAUGCUUGAGCGCUUGCGGCGUCUGUGGCAUUGCUGCAACUUAUGUCGAUAUACCCAUGGUUGCCGUAUACCUCUACGUAGCCUUACUGCUGUGUGGCUUGGCCAUUAAUGUCUUAAGCGCGGCCACCGUCGAUCUAUAUCCCACAAGAUUAAGAGCUAUGGCUGUUUGUAUUUCUCUCAUGAUGGGUCGCUUGGGCAGUGUUGUGGGCGCCAAUGUGUUUGGUGCGCUUUUAAGUAAUCACUGCGAGACCGCCUUCAUCGUCUCGGGUGUUACUUUGAUAUUAAGUGGCUUCCUUGGAUUCCUCAUUACCAAACCAACCCAAAAGAGCGGGAAGCAGCAAUCUUGGCGCCGCACCAGCCUGGUCUCCAUGACGGGGAACUAACUACAUUAUGUUUUGCCUUUAUGCGCGGCUAUUGAACCACUGAAAAGCUUCGUGCAAAUUGAGAAUUUAUUAGUCGUUAGUAGUGCAUGUUUUAGUGCUUAGUUUGUUAAACAUUGUUGCCUGAUAAGUCUGAUUGUAAACUACAGCAUACCUGAUAGUUGUGUUAGCACUGAGAGUACUAUGUACAAAGGAAAACAUAAUACUUACCAUACUUAUCGUUCUAUUUAGUAAGCACUCGUAGUAAGUAGUUGUAAGAGAUUGCUGUUUUAAAGCAAUAUGUUUUAUGUGUAAGAAUAUUUUGA